ACAAAUUAAGUAGCCCUUUAGUACCUUUCAACUGUUAUUUUUUUCUCUCAGCAGGAAAUAAGGAUAUUCUGAUUGAAAUUAUGAAAAAAAUGAAAAGGGCAAAGCUCUGCCUGAGGGACAUCCUGGACAUUGGGCAGGAGAAUAUAAAUGAAGUUGCCCCCCAGACUGUACAAGAUCUUCCCUGGGCUCUCCUAAGGAAACUGAUGGCUCUGGACAGGACUGCAAGAAACACAUGUCUUAUAUCACACAUGCAGAACUCUGGUACAGAUUUAGGGGCAGUACAAAAUCUACAGUCAUAUUUUGAUUUUAAUAUUGAAGAAAGUACAACAAAUGCAAUGAAUCCAUUAGAUCUACUGUGUGUUCUCCUUCACUGUUCAGAUAAUUUUUUACAACAGAACAUUUUCUCAAAUAUGGUCACAUGUCAGUUUGCUAUUCCAUUGUUGCUCCCUGCUGGCGAUAGCCCAGACUGUACCUUCAUGCUUUGGGCAAUGAGAGAUAUUGUUAAAAGGUGGAGACCUCAGUCAUUAUCAGACAGUAAGGGAUUUAAGGAAGAAAGCCUAGUUCAAGUACCAUUGGCUUUCUUUUCUUUUGUGAGGCUUGGUCAAAGUAAUUUAUCAAAAUCAAAAAUCCUUAAUCUAGUCCUUAGCCCAGCACAACAAUACAAUGAUUUCUUCAUUCAUGAAAAUAUAGAGGGUGGAAACAUUGAAAGAAAAAUCUCUAAUGGCUUGGUGGAAAUUUCUUGGUAUUUCCCAGCUGUUGGUGGAAAGAAUUUUGACACUUUUGAAGAACCCAUUGCAGUUGCCAAUUUACGAGGAGAUUUAGAAUCAAAUUGGACACAAUUCAGCUUCCUAACACAAGUUUCUUCAGCAGUGUUUGUAUUUGUGGACAGCAUUAAUGAGGAACAGUGCAAACUUUUAUCUGGCUGUAACAAAUCUGAAACAACCUUCUAUUUUAUAAUUAUUCCAAGUGGCAGAAAUAUCAGUAUAGAGACUGUGAAACGCCUGGAAAAUCUGCUUUUGAUGUUAAACAUUAAUUCUAAAAAUAUACUGAAGAAGGACAGAAGAGCAAAUGAUGCAGAACUGGUGAAGACUAUACAAAAUAUUAUAAAAUGUUUUUUAAAAAAUUCCUGUAAAAAAGUAAGGCUGGAGAAAAUGGCACACACAGCAAGUGAACUUGGUAUCAAAGUGGAUGAGAAUUUUGAGCAAUGUCAGAAAGGCAAAGAGCAUGCUAAAAAAAUUACUAAGUCAAUAAGCAAUGUAGUACAAUAUAAAAAAGAGACAAUGAAACUUCAAGGUGAACUAUGGAAACAAUUGGCUCAAACAGAGAAAGAACUGUGCAGAAUGAAAAAACAAGGGCAUUUACACAUUGAGGAAUACAAAAGUCAACUGUUAAAGCGACAUAAAGAGUUGCAUAGGCAGCAAAACCAACAUGAACUACCCGAUGGUAUGAUUAAAUUUAUAUCUGCAAUUACUCAGUUAACUCAGGAAGAGAAACUUUACUUCCUGAAGUGGUUGAAAUUUACACUUGACUCUGUAGCUAGAAAAAAUCUGUCUGAACUGCAAGCUAAAUAUAAGGAACAAUGUUCAGCCUCAGGCAAUAAGAAUGCACUCAAGGAGUUAGACCAGCAAAUAUCUGACAUCUCUUUAGGAGUUGAACACUUUCUGCGUGAGAUGGGACAGUUUUAUGAGGCUGAAUGUUGUAUGGUGAAAGAUAAACAAAUUCAAAUGGAUAGAAGAAGAUUCAAGGAACUCCCAACAAUAGCUUCCAAUCUGCUUCUAGAUGGAUUUCCAUUGGAACUUGUAGAUGGAGAUGCCUCCAACAUCCCCCUGCAGUGGAUCACUGAUGUUCUGAUUAUGUUAGACAAAAAGACAGGAGGGAAAUGCAGAAUGAGAGUAAUCACAGUGCUGGGAGUGCAGAGCACAGGGAAGUCCACCCUCCUGAACACCAUGUUCGGGUUGCAGUUCCCAGUGGCCAAUGGGCGGUGCACUCGGGGAGCGUUUAUGACACUGAUUCAAGUGAAAGAAAACCUCAGAAAGAACUUGGGCUGUGAUUUUAUUCUUGUACUUGACACUGAAGGUCUAAAGGCUCCAGAAUUAGCUUCUUUGAAGGACAGCUAUGAACAUGACAAUGAGCUGGCAACUCUAGUAGUUGGGUUAAGUGAUAUCACCAUAGUUAACACUGCAAUGGAACACACAGGAGAAAUGAGAGACACGUUGCAGAUUGUUGUUCAUGCUUUUCUUAGGAUGAAUGAAAUAGGUAAGAAACCCAACUGUCAGUUUGUACAUCAGAAUGUGAAUGAUGUUUCUGCUUAUGAUUUGAACAUGAGAGACAGAAAAAAACUUCUGGAGCAGCUGAAUGAAAUGACUAAAGUGGCAGCAAACAUGGAAAAAAGAGGAAGAAUUACACAUUUCAGUGAUAUCAUGGACUAUAACCUAGAAAAAGACAACUGGUACAUUCCUGGGCUUUGGUACGGUGUCCCACCCAUGGCUUCUGUAAACUCUGGCUACAGUGAAAAUGUAUAUAAAGUAAAGAAAUAUUUGUUUGAGUUUAUGGGGAAACAGAAUAUUCCAGCACAAAAUAUUCGUCAAUUUAUUGUGUGGAUUAAAAGCUUGUGGAAUUCAGUGAAGCAUGAAAAUUUUAUCUUCAGUUUCAAAAACAGUCUGGUAGCUGAAGCUUAUAAUAACUUGUCAAUAAAAUAUUCUCAGUGGGAAUGGAACUUCUGCAAGCAGGUUCACUCCUGGCUGAACAAUGCAGAAAACAUGAUCAAGAAUCAAUCUGGAGAAAAAAUCCUGGAAAUAACAAAUACAAAUCUAAAAGAUGAUCUGCUUACUGUUCUCAGCAAAGAAGAAAGUGAUAUGUUAAUGUUGUUAGAAAAGUAUUUUGAAAGCAAAUCUGAUAAUGUUCACUUGAUAUUAAAGUACAAAGAAGAAUUCUUUACUGGUGUGAGAAGUCUCAAGAAAAAAAUGGACCAUUCUGUAACCUCAAAGAUUGAUGAAGCAAUACGAAUACAAAAAGGGAAAAAUUUCAUAAAGAGUAUCCAAAGCAAUUAUCAAAAAGAAGUUGAAAAGAAAGUUGCCAGUUUGCUAGAUCAGGUGAGAAGACAGGAACGUCAGCUUGGAGCAGAAGAAGUCAGAAAACCAUUUGACUCCAUGUGGGAGAGAACUUUAGCUGAGUUACCAAAGCAACAGUUAGAGAAGCGUAUUAUCCAAAGGGAAAUGUUGCAGGAACUCAAAAGGGACAUUGCCAACAAAGGAAGUUCUAUAAAUGAGAAAUUCCUCAGUAUAAAGUGUUUAGAUGAGUUUGGGAAAAAAUUCAUGACUGAAGACAAGCAUAUUGAUAUUAAAUGGUUUUCAAUACAAGGUGUUAAAGAACAAUUGUUUAAGGAAAGGCAUAAUAAAAUCAGCGAGCUUGCAUCUUCUUUAAUUAGUCAAUGCUCUCAUUAUGUAACAGAUAAAGUUAAAACAGGAGAAAACUAUGAUGGGACCUAUUGCCAAGAAUUGCUCAAUAUAAUCAAUGAAAGAUUGAGGAAGAAAGAAGUAAAAAAUCUUCACAUUAGCCACCUGUUUGAGUUGGACCUAAAGUUGCAUAUCUUUGGAAGUGCAGCCCCUCGGUUUCAGAUGAUGCAUGAGAGAUUUAUCCAAGAGAACGAUCCUGUGCUGUGCUUGGGAAAAUUGAAAUCUGAUUAUUUGGCGACCUUCAAAAAUAUAUUUGAGGAGAAGGAUGAGACAGUUAACAGAGCCAAGCAUUUCUGUGAGCUCUGCCUGAAACCAGCAGUAAUUGACCACAUUAACCAACAUCUGGGGAAGGAUAUAGUCGAUGAUAUUUUUCACAGUGGAGAUUCAAAAGAAUAUUGCAGCAGAACCUUAUUCCAAUUCACUGUGCUAAAGAAAUUGCUGGAUAAUAAGGAGUUUGCUCAGUUUGUACAAUAUAUCAAUCGCUAUGAGCUUUUUGUUAAGUCAUGGAUAACACAGUACAUAUUAGAUACUUAUAAUAAUAAUUCCAAACAACUACAACAAUUACAAGUUAGAAUUCUCUCCCAUAUCUGUAAUGAUAUCAGGGAAGUCCUUAAAAACUCAGAUUUAUUAAACAGUGCCACUGUCUCAGAUUUUUUGGAAAGUUUUUCCAGGAUGUUAGAGAGCAAAUUAAUAAUUUCACAAAAUCUGAUGAAAGUGAUCAUUUUUCAAAACAAAUCAAAUAUCCAGACAUUUUCAAAUGACAUUGAGUUGUUUCUCACAACCAUAGAACAACAAAUUAUAUUAGAGAUUCAGUCCACCGACAUAAAAUCUGUGCUCUUUAAAGUCACUCUGAAACCAGAGGAUGAAUUAUUCAAGAAGGUGUUUUGCUGUGGGAAACAAUGUCCCUUCUGUGGAGUUCCCUGUGAGGCUGGAGGUACUGACCAUAAGGAGCACUUUGCUUCUGUCCAUCGCCCUCAAGGAUUAGGGAACUGGCGUUAUGAAACUGAUGGAAAACUGACAACAGAAAUAUGUUCAACAAUUGUGGUCUCUGAUGGGAGUUUCAAAAAUACAGAUACAGAGUGGCAAUGGCAUCCUUACAAAGAAUACCGCACAUUCUACCCAGACUGGGCCAUUCAACCUGACCCCAGCAUCACAGCCUCAGACUACUGGAAACAUAUUUUCUAUAGGUUCAACCAAGAAUUUGCUCUAAAAUAUAAUGCAAAACCAGCCGAUCUGCCAGACACAUGGCUCCAGAUAACAGAGGAACAGGCUCUUGAAAGUCUAAUGGAAACAUUUAAUAUGAUAUAA